CUUUCCUUUUCAAGAAUCCAGAAAUCAAAAAGCAAAACGGGAAAGAGAGCGGAGCAGAGCCACUUGGUUUGAGACUGAUUACAGUGCCGGAAAAAAAGUUCCUUUUCUUUCCUUUCCUUUUCGUUUUGGUGGAAUACUAAGAGUUCCAGAAGAACCCCACCCCUAAUCUAAAUCUAGCCGAACCAUGCCAUUUCUAAGAAACGAAUUGCGUUGUAUUGGUGCAGGAUUGUUAGGCUGCUUCUUCCUGGGAUUAGAGUUUUGCUCAUAAGAUCUCUCAGUUGGUUGUUGUAGAUGCAGAUUUUAAGCUAUCUUCCCUCUUGGAUCUCUGAUCUAAUUGCCUGUAUGGGAUGCUGUAGGAAGCUAUGCCUGCUUCUUGUUCAUUCUUUCAAUUCUUGGGGGCUAUCUUUCGAGCUCUCCCUAGUUGGUUGAUGGAAUCUCUUACUACAAAGUGCAAAAUCUCGUCAAAAGGUUGUUUUGGAUGCUGUAACAAACCACCAACCCCUUCUGUCAUAGCAGUAGACGAGCCAUCAAAGGGGCUGAAAAUCCAAGGACGGGUCGUGAAGAAAACCGGUUUUUCAGAUGAUUUUUGGAGCACGAGCACUUGCGAAAUGGAAAACAGCACACUGCAAUCACGAGGAAGCGUCUCCUCUAUUAGCACUUUGAACCUUCCUCUCGAUCCCCAAAGUAGCACGAGCAACAAUCCAGAGUUUGUCAAUCAUGGACUUAUUCUGUGGAACCAAAGCAGACAGCAGUGGCUCUCUGGCAAGAACUCUCGGAAGCAGCCUCAAGUUCGAGAGCCUGCAAUAAGUUGGAACACGACGUACGAGAGCUUAUUGAGCACGAACAAGCCAUUUCCACGGCGGAUUCCUCUUCAGGAAAUGGUACAUUUUCUUGUGGAUGUGUGGGAGCAAGAGGGCUUGUAUGAUUGAGAUUCCUUUUACGCAUUUCAAUUUAUUUUCCAUUUUUAUGAUUUGUCUGUGGCCAUUUCCUGUGUGCCUUUUAUGGUCAUAUGUUGUCUGAAAAUAAAAAUAAACUCCUAGAUUCCUUUAAUUGCAUUUUUUUUGUCUUAAA